CCCUUUCCCGUUUCUAUUUCCCUGUCUCCCUUUUUGGAAGCAAGUUCUGGGCGCACUUUUUUGGACCACACGGAAAUCGGGGGAACUAGCAGCUGCCCGCCAAAGCGAUGCGUCUAGACUGGCCGGGGCAUCUCUUGCAUCUCAACGAAACGCCCUGACUGUCUUGCUGCUGCUGCUGUUGCGAGAGAGGGCUUGGCUUCAUCAAUCGUCGAGUGUGGAAAGGAAGGACGAUAUCGAUGCGCGAACGGACAGCCAGGGACGUUGCUUGAGAAUACAGCUGGAGCGCCGUCUACGUAGAGAGUGGCCUGGGGAGUCAGCGCGGUGCUGGUCCAGUGCCUACGAUGUCGAGCUUCGCCGAGCUUCAGCGCCUUGCCAAGGAACGCAACGAGCGCUCUCAGGCGCUCCUGGCCUCGGAGCGAGCCGAGCGCGAGAAGCAGGCUCUCGCCAAGCAGCGUGCUGCCGAUGCCGCGGCUCGCGAGGAGCGAGAGCGUCAGCGCGAGCUGUAUGCAGCGCAGGAACGUCGGCGCAAGGAGCAGGCCCAGCGGGACAAGGACGCAGCGCUCGAGCGCCAGAAGCGAGACGAGGAGCGGAGAAAGAGGCUGGAAAGGGAGGCUGAGGAAGCGACACGGGCAAAGACACUCGCUUCACUUGCAAAUGGUGCCAGACGAUCAGGGGACAGAGCAGCCAACGGUGCCGCCAGAGGCAAGGCAGACGAAAUCAACAGAGGGAAAAAGAGGGCUCCAGACGAGAAUCGAUACUCGACGCUGACGAGGGAAGAGAAGCGGCUCAAGGCCACGCGAGACAUGCUGGGCAUCUCUUCGUCGGGCUCAGUGAGGAAGAGCAAGGGACACUCGCACCACCAUGCAACCGCCUCUUCGCCAGCGAUGUUGGCAGACCUGGUCAAGCUCGGCACAAAGAAGCGCGACAACCGGUCCAUCGAGGAGAUUGACCGGGACCUGCGCGCAGCGAGGAUGGGCGCCGCCGGUGCAUCGACGCAGAGCAGACGAGACCUCGAGGCAGCCGAGGCACAGCUGCGGAGACAAAAGGCCAUGGACGCAAAAAAGGCGGGCCUGCCCCAUGCCGGCUCGUCUUCUCCCAUGCCUACUGCUCCCUCUUCGGGUCCCUCGCGGUCUUCGGCAGAGCCAGCGGUGGACCGCUCUUCGAAGAGCGACCGGCAGAAUGGUGCUGCCACUGCAGCCCGCACCAUCGUGCCGCCUCGACCUCGCUCGUCCGACCUUACGGCUGCUGCCAACUUCCUUGCCGGUGUACCUGGACACCUGCCACCUUCCAGCAGCAGAUUGGCCAGCAGCGGCAGCAGCAGCCAGGCGAGCGCAAGCAAGAGCAAGAGAAAGUCAGACGAGGCAGACAAAGACAAGAAGGACAAAAAAAAGAAGAGAAAGCAGAGCAGCAGAGCAGAUUCAGACUCGCACGCCGAAGGCAGCAAACCCUCGGGACCUCCGAGACGAGAGACGGCGCGGGACCGGUUUCUGCGCGAAGAGGCCGAGAGAAAGAAGGCUGCUUCCUCCAGCAGCAGCUCGGGCCUGUCCGGCAGGGACAGGGGACGUGCUGCGCACAAGGUAUCCUAUUCGGAAGACGACGACGACGACGACGACGAAGGGUCAGACGCCUCGUCCAUGUCGCAAGACACCUACGAGACUGACUCGCAGGCGUCUUCAGACAUGGACGAGGGUCGAGGUGGCGUCUCGGCCGCGAUUGGCGACGAGAUCUGGCGCAUGUUUGGCAAGGACCGUAGCAAGUACGUUUCAGCCAUCGACGACGAUGACGACGAUGACGACAUGGAGGCAGAUGCGGAGAGCGUCUUCCGGGAAGAGAUGCGGAGCGCACAGCUGGCCAGGAAGGAGGACGAGCGAGAACAGAGGGAGCUAGAGAGGCGGGCGAGGGAAAAAGCAGCAAGAAGGGGCCGAAAAUAG